UAGGUUCCGACAAUGGUUAAGCCACUGUACCUGUUCUACUGUGCAAGCCUGGCUGGCUUAUCCGCCAUUUUAGGCUUGUUGUUGUUGUUGUCCCACUGUGCACCUGUCCUGUACUACCUGUGUACGGGGAUACUGAUGGGUUCAGUGGGAUACUGUCUGGUUCUGUACUUGGCGCCAAAGAGCCGAGUUAACGGGAACGGCAAAGCUGUCUUCAUUACAGGAUGUGACAGUGGUUUUGGAUUUGGACUUGCCAAACGCCUGGACUCGCUGGGGUUCACGGUGUUUGCCGGCUGUCUGCUAGCAGACAGUGGUGGGGAGGGGUCGAAGAAACUCCGUGCUGAGUGCUCGAGCAGGCUGAGUACUGUUCAGAUAGACGUGACUGAUGAUGGACAGGUGAAGGCCGCUGUACAACAGGUCAAAGAUCGACUACCCACGGGGUCAAAGGGUCUUUACGCACUUGUAAACAAUGCUGGAGUCACGCAGCCGGGAGAGGUAGAGUGGGUCAGCAUCGCCGCCUACCGACAUGUGAUGGAAGUGGACACCUUCGGUACCGUGCGGGUCACCAAGGCGUUCUUACCUCUGAUUCGUCGGGAGAAAGGACGCGUUGUGAACAUCUCCAGUGUGAACGGGCUUUACCCAAGCCCGAUGGCGGGUACCUACAGCAUGGCCAAGGCGGCUGUAGAGUUUUUCUCUGACGCUUUAAGGCAUGAGAUGCACAAAUGGGGUGUCAAAGUCGUCAUUGUGGAGCCAGAGAGCUUUGCACGGGCUACAGAUAUGUUCUUGCCAGCCGUUUUCAAUAAGUUCGUUCAGGUACGGCGUCUGCAGCAUUCAAGUAUCCAGCAGUUAUAA